AAUUCCCACAUUUUCUCACUCCCUCUCUCCUUUUUAUUUUCUAAACCCAAAACAACCAAACAACCAAACAAACGCUUUCAACGUGCUCUUCUCGCUUCGCUUCGCUUCUGGGUUUUCCAUUUUCCUUCGUUUUCUGUCUCUGCGUUCCGUUCCGUUUCGUAGGUCAGUCUUCGUUGGAAAAUGGACGUUCGCCGUCGACCACUCCGUUCACCCUCCUGCGAACGGCUCAAAACCCAGAAGCUUAAGAAUCACGACGCGCCCCAGAAGCACGGUGACUCACAAGCGCUUCCCUUGUUCCCUCUCUACAUCACCAACGGUGUUUUCUUCGGACUCUUCUUCUCCGUCGCCUACUUCCUCCUCCACCGUUGGCGCGAGAAGAUCCGCACCUCAACUCCCCUCCACGUCGUCACCGCCUCCGAAUCCGCCGCCAUCAUCUCCCUCGUCGCCUCCGUCGUCUACCUCCUCGGCUUCUUCGGCGUCGGCUGCCACCGCGCUCCCUCCGACGACGAACUCUCCGACGAAGAAAUUAUGGCCAAGGAAGACGCUCGCAACCCCGGCCCUUGCCCUGCCGCGCUCGUCGACACCUCCGCUAUGGCCGUCGUCGUUCCUUCACCGCCGCUGAAGGUCUUCGACGCAACACCAAUUAAACUCUCACAAGAAGACGAGGAAACCGUGAAAUCGGUGGUUUCCGGUUCGAUUCCGUUGUACUCGCUGGAGGCGAAGCUAGGCGAUUGCCGGAAGGCGGCGGCGAUUCGUCGUGAGGCAGUGCAGAGGAUUACAGGGAAGUCAUUGGAGGGUUUACCAGUGGAAGGUUUCGACUACGAUUCAAUAUUGGGGCAGUGCUGUGAGAUGCCGAUAGGGUUUGUUCAGAUUCCGGUGGGGAUAGCAGGGCCUUUGUUGUUAGAUGGAAAAGAAUACACAGUGCCAAUGGCUACAACUGAAGGUUGCCUCGUUGCAAGCACAAACAGAGGGUGCAAAGCUAUUCACGUUUCAGGUGGAGCUUCCUCUUACUUGCUUCGUGAUGGAAUGACCAGAGCCCCAGUUGUUCGCUUCCCCUCUGCUAAAAGAGCUGCUCAAUUGAAAUUCUAUUUGGAAGAUCCUCUCAAUUUUGAUUCCCUUGCUGUCAUUUUCAAUAAGUCAAGCAGAUUUGCCAGGUUACAGAGUAUUCAGCCUGCUAUUGCUGGCAAGAAUUUGUACAUUAGAUUCCGUUGCAGCACUGGUGAUGCCAUGGGGAUGAACAUGGUAUCAAAAGGUGUACAAAAUGUCCUUGAUUUCGUUCAGGACGAUUUUCCUGACAUGGAUGUUAUUGGAAUCUCUGGGAAUUUCUGUUCAGAUAAGAAAGCUGCAGCUGUGAACUGGAUUGAAGGGCGUGGAAAGUCUGUGGUGUGCGAGGCUGUAAUUAAGGAAGAGGUGGUGAAGAAGGUAUUGAAGACGAGCGUGGAGGCCCUAGUUGAGCUUAACAUGCUUAAAAACCUUACUGGUUCAGCCUUGGCUGGUGCUCUUGGUGGGUUCAAUGCCCAUGCUAGCAAUAUUGUCUCCGCAAUCUACAUAGCCACCGGUCAGGAUCCUGCUCAGAAUGUGGAGAGUUCUCACUGCAUGACCAUGAUGGAAGCUGUAAACGAUGGCAAGGAUCUUCACAUUUCUGUAACCAUGCCUUCGAUUGAGGUUGGUACUGUUGGAGGAGGCACACAACUUGCAUCUCAGUCAGCUUGUCUUAAUUUACUUGGUGUGAAGGGUGCAAGUAAAGAAACACCAGGUGCAAAUUCUAGGUUACUAGCCACGAUAGUAGCCGGUUCAGUCCUUGCCGGGGAGCUAUCACUCAUGUCUGCAAUUGCAGCUGGGCAGCUUGUGAAGAGCCACAUGAAAUACAACAGAUCUAGCAAGGAUAUCUCCAAAAUUGCCUCAUGAUAACAGUGCAAUAAACGUGUGUUGGAGACUAGUAACAAAGCCUCCAAAAACGACAAAAAAGGGUCUAUUUGUGAGUUUCAAAAGGACUAUUGGUGGUGGUGGAUGGGAGUGAAUAAAAACUGAUGGUUGGCAUCUGUUCAAGGAGUGAAUCCAGCUCUCCAAGUCCAUGUGGUGAGAGAACAAAACCCUGCAUUUAGACUUAUUGAAUAUGUGGUCCAUGUGAUGCAUUGUCUCUUUUUGAGAUCGUACUGGAGGACAUGAAUCAGAGGGAGGAGGAAAACAAGAAGUAGCCACACUUUUGGCAUUAGUUUUAUUCUUCUUCUUCUUCUUUUUUAAUGUAACCAUGCGUUGGGUGUUAUUCUCUCGUCUAAAGCUACUGCCUCAAAGGUGUUGUAUUUUAGUCUUGUAGUAUUUUGAUGUAUUUCAGUCUCCAUCUUGUUAAUUUGUAAUUUUAGCAAGAACCGAGAUAUCUCCAAAUGGGAUAUAGAGUUGUUAAUAAUAGUCUCUGGU